AUGAGCUGCAAUGCUGACGAUUGCUUUGUGGAGGCAGCCGCUGAAGAGCCAAAUUUGAAGUUCAAGGACGAAAAACAGCAGGCCAGAUUCGAGCUUGGCGUGUCAAUGAUGAUUUACAAAUGGGAAGCUUUGGACGUGGCUGUUGCGAACAACUGGGGUGGGCCAGCUUCGGCCGAGAAGCGGGAUUGGAUCACUGCGAUUGUGGUGGAUUUGUUCAAGGACGGAAAAUACGUGGACGCAGCAAUGGUCGAGGAAACGUUGCUCUACGCAAUGAUAGACGAGUUCGAUACCAACGUGGAGGAUGAAUCUGCGCUGCCUAUCUCGAGUAAGAUAAUUGAGAUCUAUAAGCAGUGCCGCCUGCAGGAUUAUUCUACGGUGGAGGAACUGUACACCGGGUGGUUGGAAAAACAGAACAAUGCUGAAACAUCGCAAUCUAAGGUUGUUGUUGUGCAGGAGGAUCCGCUUAACCCAGAUGUGUCUUCUUCCGAGGAGUCUGCGGAAGAAGAGGACGAACAAGAGCAGGCGGAGGAUGCCGAGGAUGCGGAUGUUGAAAUGGCCGACAGCCGCCCGAACCAGCCUGUGGUAGAUGAGGAUGGUUUCGAACUGGUUCAGAAGAAGGGGAGAAGGUGA